UUCCAUAACGAAUCGUAAGAGUUAAGUCUUUAGAUACGUACGUUUCCUUGGAUUGACGAAGAAAAUACUACAGAAAAUUCCCAAAGGUCGUUAUAGUAAAAAGCCGUAAUCAAAAUUCCCCUCAAUUUCCCUCUCCGCUUAUCUAACUUAACAUUCUAUCUCUUCCUUGUACGCUUUUAAUUUGGGUAUCAUCUUCGAUCUUCUCCUUCGAAUUCGGAUAUUGCCUCAAAUUUUUUUUUUUAAAAAAAACCCUAAUUUUGUCUGCAAGUAAGAAAAGUUUCACCGGAAAGGAAUUGCAGAGAGCCACAGGGGAAGAUGAAGAGAGUCUUUGGUGUCAAGAAGGACAAAGAACCUCCACCCUCCAUCAACGACGCCUCCGAUCGGAUAACUAAAAGGGGUGACACAGUUGAGGAUAAGAUUAAGAAGCUUGAUGCUGAACUUGCAAGGUAUAGAGAGCAGUUGAAGAAAACUCGACCUGGUCCAGCUCAAGAAGCCAUCAAAGCACGUGCAAUGAGGGUUCUUAAGCAGAAGAGAAUGUAUGAAGGUCAACGAGAUAUGCUGUAUAACCAGACUUUUAACCUUGACCAAGUUGCCUUUGCAGCUGAGGGAAUUAAAGAUGCUCAACAAACAAUGUCAGCUUUGAAGUCAGCUAACAAAGAAUUGAAAGGGAUGAUGAAGACAGUGAAGAUUCAAGACAUAGAUAACUUGCAAGAUGAGAUGAUGGACUUGAUGGAUGUUAGUAAUGAGAUUCAAGAGACUCUUGGUAGGAGCUACAGUGUACCUGAUGACAUUGAUGAGGAGGAACUGAUGGGUGAGCUCGAUGCUCUGGAAGCAGACAUGGGAAUGGAGACUGAAAGUGAUGGGGUGCCUGCGUAUCUUCAACCCGACAAGGAACCUAAUCUGGAAGAAGAGCUAAACCUACCACCUGCUCCAACUGGGCAUGCACCCGUGCCACCUGGCAGAGCACAGGAUGAGGACGAGCUAGGUUUACCUGCUGUUCCUCAUGCAUCACUUCGUGGUUAGAGGCAGAGCUGGUUGUGGUUAAGAAUUGUUGUCAGUGCUUUGACGGUGUCCAGGCAAGAGGUGUUCUUUGGGGGAUGACUACUACUGUAUACAUAUGUGCAGCUUUGAUCUUUGAUUGUCAUUUUGCUAUUCCAGCUUUGGGAUGCUGAUAAUUCAUUCUAUUCUGAAUAAUGGACUCGUAUUUGAGUAUAUUAUUGUGUAUCUCCUCACGUGCGGAGAAAUUGCAGAAAAGAAUGAAGAUAAUCCUUGGAUGGCUGAA